AUGGGGAAGGCUAGGAUUCGUAAAGGAGCUCCUUGCUGCCUGGCUGCACCCCCAGGGACCCUGCUGACGUCACCAGGAGGGGCUGAGCUAAGACACAAGUCUCCUUGCCUCCAGCUCUGCCUCCGCCACUCUCACAGGAAGCCCCUGGCCGACCUGGCCAGCAGCGUGCCCACUCACCAGGCCCCUGGCCUCUCCCCUGCUUGGGGCAGCCCGACCUUGAGGGAGAUGGAGCCAAAGGACCAGCAGCUCGUGGUUGCACUUCGGAUCCGCCCACUUAACAGUGCAGAACAGGAGGAAGGGGCCACUGUCAUCGCUCACAAAGUCGGGGACCAGGUGGUGGUGCUCAUGGACCCCCGCAAGGACCCUGAGGACACUCUGUGUGUGCACCAAUCCCGGGAGCAAACUUUCAUCUUUGACACUGUCUUCGACCAACAUGCAUCCCAGGUCCCCGCCACCCACCCCCACCCUGGCUCCAUUGGGUGGGAGCACCCCUGGGAUGGCCUGUGGCCGGGCCACCCAUCCCCAUCACUCCCAGGAUCUCCCCGAGGAGCAAAAGGCUGUGAGCAGGAAACCCUCCCAGGGUCCAUGGGCAGGGGCUACCAGCAUCUCGUGGAGGGCGUCUCUCUCGGAUACAACACAACGGUGUUUGCCUACGGGCCCUCAGCACAGCUGAGCUUUCCUCAGGAGCCCCAACCCUUCCACAGUGCAGGGAAGACCCAUACGAUGCUGGGUGUGGACUCGGAGCCCGGUAUCUACCUGCAGACCCUCACCGACCUCUUCCAGGCCAUCCAGGAGGCCCAAGACAACACGGACUACAGUGUGUCCUUGUCUUACCUGGAGAUUUAUAACGAGGUGAUCCGAGACCUGCUGAACCCGUCCUCGGGGCGUCUGGAACUGAGGGAAGGUGCAAGGGGCAUCAUCCAGAUUGCAGGCAUCACAGAAGUCUCCACCUCAAAUGCCCAAGAGAUCAUGCAGCUCCUCACCAAAGGCAACCGGCAGCGCACGCAGGAGCCCACGGCCGCCAACAAGACGUCGUCCCGCUCCCACGCAGUCCUGCAGGUCACCGUGCACCAGCACCGCGCUGGGGACCCGGUGGAGGAAGUGCAGUUGGGGAGGCUCUUCAUGGUGGACCUGGCAGGCUCCGAGCAUGCAGCCCAGAUGCAGGGCCACGGCAGGAGGGUGAAGGAGGGCGCCCACAUCAACCGCUCGCUGCUGACCCUGGGCAGCUGCAUCAACGCACCGAGCGAGAGAGGCGAGGGAGGCCGCGCCUCCGUGAACUUCCGGGACAGCAAGCUCACACGGCUGCUCAAGGAUGCCUUGGGAGGGAACAGUCGCACCGUGAUGAUCGCUCACAUCAGCCCCGCCAGCACCAGCUUUGAGGAGUCGAGGACCACGCUGCUGUACGCCUGCAGAGCCAAAAACAUCAAGACCCGGGUCAAGCACAACCUGCUGACUGUAUUGUACCGCACUGCUCAGUACACAGACGUCAUCUCCGACCUGCACAGGGAGAUCGAGCUCCUCAAGUCGAAAAUUGAGAAGCAGCAGAAGGAGAAGGCAAAGCCCAGUGUCCUGGACGUGCAAGUCACUGUCACCCCGCAUGAUGCAGAGGAGGAGAGCUGCCUACAGAUGGACAGAAUCUGGGCACAGCUUGCUGGGGUGGUCCGGGAGCAGCUGGCAAUUCGCCGUAGCCUGGUGGAGCUGGAGAACGCCAGCAUCGAGCUGCGCAUGGACACAUCUCGCCACCUGCUGACCAUCGCAGACUGGGAGCGGGAGAAGUCCCACCACCACGUGCACAGGGACGGGGCCGAGCCAGACAAGGACGAGGAGCCGGUGGAUGCUGGCGGGGACGAGGGCGAGUCCGCAGAGCCGCACGAGGUGGCUAUGGCCAGAGAGCGGUCCACCUGCUUUUGGCCGAGCAGCAGAAAACGGCAGCCCUCAAGGUGCCACCACCCGUUCCUGGGGUCUGCGUCUCUGGGCCCAGGCAUUAUCUCUGCAGGCCAAGGGACACCGGCAUCCACCCUGACCCCGCACGUCCUGCAGGCCCAGCUGGAGCAGCGCCUGGCCCACGCCAAGCGGAACGCCUCGCAGAUGGAGCGGCUGCUGCCCGAGCAGGUGACCAGCGAGGCCCAGCGGGAGGUGCUGCGGCUGCUGUGCCGGGCCCACGAGCUGGAGGUGGAGAAGAGUGAACUGCAGGCCGACAACCUGCACCGGAAGAACCUGCUGGGCCAGAAGGAGUUCCUGAUCCAGUGGUACCUCCAGCACCGGCUGCUGUGCGAGCCGCUCGUGCACGGCCAGCGGCAGCUGCUGCGAGACAGUGGUGUCAAGGUGCCGGAGCCCCUGGAGCAGUGGUACCGGCUGUACUGUCGGGAGCUGGGUGAGGACACGCUGGACCGCCUGCUGCUUCUGCAGUCCAUGAUGUCCAGUCCCCUGCAGGAUGGCUCUGUUCUGAAUAUUUUGCCCCCGCCACCUGAGGAGUCCAGCAGCGGAAACCAGCCUGACGACAGGAAGGACCUCCCACGGGGCCCGUUUGAGGCCCCGGUGCUUCUGGACAGGGACAGGGAGCCACAGGGCCACUUUGCUGUGCUGGGGACUCAGCCCCGGGAGAAGCCAGCCAAUGGCUCUAACCCGGGCUCCCCGGGCGUGAAGACCCUGGUCUCCAAGCUGCACACCCCGGCCAGCCCGGCCCUGAGCGCCAAGGUCCUCAAGGUGGCCCUGGACACCAAGAGCAUCUCGCUCAUUGUGGCCAGCAGGCACGACAAGAUGCAGGACCGCAAGGGCAGUGGCAGCCGCUCCUGCUGUCACCUGCUGGAGGACGCAGGCCUGGACUGCAGGGACCUGAAGCCCAGCGCCACCCCGGACUCCAGCCUGGCGGACAGGAGGUGGCCCUGCGCCAGCCCAUGCGGGGACCGCCCUGUGGACAGGAAGGCCAGGAGGAAGCAGCCACCUUCCCUCAUCCGGCAUGCACGGCCGCCAUCAAAGUCACCAGGGAAGACCUUCUUCCCGGCUGUCCCCAUCCCUGUGGGCUCCAAGUCGAAACCCAGCCUCAGUUUCCACACAGACGAGAACAUUCUCCAUGUGCCCGACGUCACCUUCACCUUCCCCAGCACCGUGUGGCACACCAGCGCUGUCCCCAGCGGGCCAUACCUCCUGCCCCAUGACAUCCGAGGGUCCACUGACAGCGGAGGCCGACGCCACAGCCCGCUGACCCCCAGCAACACCCAUCGGCCCCGGGACGGCAGCGCCAAGAGUCCACCGCGCCCUGCUGACCAGGGCUGCCAGCGUCCAUCGCGAUAUCCCACCGAUGUCCACCGAUGUUUUCCUCCUGGAGCAAAACUAUGCAGCUUACACGCGGAUGGCGCCCGGCGCUCAGUGGACACACAGAGCGUCUUUCCUGCAGCCCUCGCCAACACCUGGAUGGACCUCAUGUCCAUGCAGGGAUGUAACCGUGAUGAAAUGCCCCACACGGGAGGCCCGCAAGCAGCGGAGUCCCUUUGUCAGGUCUGGGUGGAAGCAGGUGAUGGCAAUGGCCAGGAUGGGGUCCAUGGCUGCGUCCUCGGUGGGGGCUCCCCAGGUCCCUCUUAUGGGGGCGCUGACCCCAUGCACGACCUCGUCACCUCCCAUACAGGUGACAGCGGACAGCUGUGUGCCUUUGGGGAGCUGGCAGGCGUCUCUGAGCCGGCUUCCCUCUCUAACCAGCCCAUAACCAGCGUGUUUGCUGAGUGCUUCUGCCACCCAGGGCCCACCUACUGGGGACACCGCUUUCCAGGGUGCCAGGAGAGCCUGGCGACCGUAGAAAGACAGUCACCCCUGCUUUGGGACAGACGGACGCUGUUGAAGAUGAAGGUACGACGAGGUCACACGUGCAAGAAGGAGAAGAGGGGCAGGCGCAGCCCAGGCCGGCCUUGA